AUGCAUCAAAAUACACAGUUCAAAUGGACUGUGAAACAUCCAGCUUAUGUGAUGGCACUAAAGACUUACUCUGAGGCAACAUUUCAAUCACCAUCUUGGAAGAAAUUGCUCGGUGAUCUAGUUGGCACGUGUCAUCGUUUAUUUGCCAUCACGUCAGCCAUUGGGAUUCAACCACCAAAGAAAGUCAAGGCACUGCCAAAAAAGGUUGGGAGUGGAACUGAAGAUAGUAUUGAUUCAUCUGAAUUAGCAUCUUCUGAAGUUGAUACCUGUAAUAUUGACAUUUUACAACCAGAAUAUGUGAGAGAGAAACUGUUGGCCAUAGCAAACAAGAACCUGCAAAAGAAAAGAAAGAAAAAGGAAAAUUAUACAGUUGCACAAAGAAAUGAAGAAAUUAUUUUGUCACCUUUGAAAUACAGUGGCAUAAGUAAGUAUAGCAAUCAUCCAGUAGAAGGUAAAAUUCAGAAGACUCAAACAGCACCAAUGAAGUCUCCCACUCAUUCUCAAAAGGUGCAGUUUUUUGGUGAUUUUGAGAAAUACAGUGGUAGAGGAGAUGAACCAAGUUCUAGUGCAUUGGGUAGCCCUUCAAAAGCAGAUUCAAUGCACACACCGCAUCAGACAGAGAAGCCAUCAACACAUGUGAGGAAACAGGUGAAUUCAGAAGGUACAGGUAUUAAUACAAAUGAUCAGAGGACCUCCGUAUGUAAACUGCAGGACCAUAAUGUGCUAGUUGAAGAGACUGCAAAUGCAGUGGUUAACAGACUAAUGCCACUUCUUGGUCAGGAAGCUGAGGAAAGAUUGGAAAAGAAACCAGCUGCAGGGGGGCCACCUACAGUAGUUUUGCCCACAGAAUCUAUACCCAUUAAGGAUAUUAGUCGUCAGAUACAAUAUAUGCUGGAGAGGGUUUGCAAAAUUGAAGAAGAACAAAAACAAAAUAUAAAUGUUAUUGGAGAGGUUUCAAGAAGACUAGAACAGAGGGUAGUUUUUCCUGAGAACAUACUUCAGACAGCUAUUAAUCAAGCACAAAAUGUACUGAAUAAUCUCACUCGGAGGGAGGAACAAACUAAGAUAUUUGAUAGUCAUCUGAGAUUUCCGACCACAUCAAUAACAAUAGGUAGUCCUUAUGGAAACAUCAUGAAAAGUGACCAUGAAGCAAGACCAGAAAAAUUAUUGAAAACUACUAGUGAUGGUAGCAGUUAUGUGUCUCAAGAUAACAGUCUCAAGAAUAAUUUUAUUUUGAAUGAAGUACUUCAUGUCCCUGAAAGUGGCACUAUCACAGAUCAGAUAAAAUUACAAAAGGAAGAAUUUUGGGCUUCCCUAGUAGAACAGGGUUUUGUGAAGCCUCCAGAACUUGCUGUAGAUGGGGUAACAGCUGCUAACAAGGCAGUAGAGUUGAUGAUGGAACAGAAUGUUCCCAGAAAUGCUGUCAGUAAAGAGACAGCAGCCUUCAAAAUUACACACCACUCCACUAAUGUUAAAAGAGAUGCAGCUUUAGCCAAAGUAAAGAAAGAAGACAAAGCUACAUUAGUGACCUCAUUGAUGUCAUCAUAUUCAAAUUCAUUUGAAGCAGAGUCAUCUGAACAGACUCCGUGUUCUUCAAAACUUUCUGAUGAAGGUGUUAGUAAAAAGAGCUUUAUUAAUACAAAUGUUUCAACGUCUGUUACAGAACCUGAUAGUGAGAACACAGAAAACAGUAGGUCAGGUAGCUACCCCUCUUAUGAUAGUGAGAGUUUCUCUGCAAAGGAAAAUAGCAAGUAAAGUAAUUUUAAAAAUUAUUUGCUCUUAACUGUAAUUAUACCUUUGUAAAAAUAAAAAAUGGACAUUUCUACAAUUUUGGUCUGACUUU